AUGGCCAAACUACUGCAGUCUCCACCCAAGUUCCUUCCUGAAGAGUGGUAUAUUGCUAACAAAAGCCAGUACCACAGAGCAGAGGCUCAAAGGUGCCGAUCUGAACGCCUAGUGGCAGAGAGCCAGAGGCUUGUAGAUGAAAUCGAGAAGACCACCAGGAAGUCUCAGAGUGAUGUGAACAAGAAACUUGAGCAGAGACUUGAGGAGGUCAGGUUCUGGAAGAAGGAGUUAGACAACAAGCUUGAACAGCUCGUGCAUGAGACGGAUGAUCUGCUCACCUACAAGGUCCGCCUGGAGAGAUCCCUGGAGAGCUUCAAGGAGCCCCUGCAUAUCACAGAGAGGUGCCUGGCCUACAGGCUGAACCGCUCUGCCAAGUACAACUUGGAAAAGGAUUUGAAGGAUAAGUUUGUGGCCCUAACUAUCGACGACAUCUGCUUCUCACUCAACAAUAACUCACCAAAUAUCAAAUAUUCUGAGGAUGUUGUGAGAAUCGAACCCAACUCAGUGAGUCUGGAGGACUGGCUGGACUUUUCCAAUGCCAAUGUCGAGAAGGCAGACAAGCAGCGGAACAACUCGAUGACGCUGAAGACCCUGGUGGACCGCAUCCUGUCCCAGACGGCCAAUGACCUGCGCAGACAGUGUGAGGUGGUAGACACAGCAUUCGUAAAUGGGCUGAAAGAGACCAAGGGUGCCAGGGACAAACUGGCUGAUUAUCUGGCCAAGGUUAUGGACGAGAUCUCUUCCCAGGAGAAAAACAUUGCUGCUCUUGAGAAGCAACAAGAAGGGCCGGCUAAGGUAGCGCACACGCGCCUGGAGACCAGGACGCACCGGCCUAAUGUGGAGCUGUGUCGCGAUAUCGCUCAGUAUCGGCUGAUCAAAGAGAUUCAGGAGAUCAACCAUAAUGUUGCCAGGUUAAAGGAAAUCUUGGCCCAGGCUCAGAUAGAGCUGAAGGCACUGUACCGCAGGCAGCUGGCCCUGCAGGAGGAAAUCCAGGUUAAGGAGAACACCAUCUAUAUCGAUGAGGUGCUGUGCAUGGAGAUGAGGAAGUCCAUCCCCCCUCGUGAUGGUGAUGACCAUGGGGCCUGGGAGGGAGGCAUCCGAGCGGAGGCCAUCUGCUGA